ACUGGAUAUCCAGCCUGUUGUUGGCCUGCUGCGUUAAGAACAACAACAAAGAGGUGUGGCUGUUUUGGUUCCUGUGUUUGCUUUCACUAUUUUGUGAAAGGAGCGACAAAAAGGAAGGAAGAGUGAAAGAGAGACAGAGUGAGAGAGAGAGAGAGGAGUUGCUCAGUUGCGUUCAGGGACAAGUCGAAAAGAGGACGUUUUUGCGGUGGGUCACACACAAGCUGAGCCAGGAAGGAGAGAGCGGGUACCAGGCACCUUAGUUCGGUUCUGACACAGACGCUGUGAGCCGACAUCAUGGUUCGGUGGUUCCACAGAGACAUCACAGGCCUGCAGGCCGAGGACAUGCUGAAGACUCAGGGCAUUCACGGCAGCUUUAUGGCCCGACCUAGCAAGAAGAACGUGGGGGAUUUCUCCUUGUCUGUCAGGGUGGGCGAGCAGGUGACCCACAUCCGCAUCCAGAACACGGGAGACUACUACGACCUUUACGGCGGGGAAAAGUUUGCCACGCUGUCUGAGCUAGUGGAGUACUACACGGCCGACAACGGCAUCCUGCAGGACAAAGAUGGCACCAUUAUCGAACUCAAAUACCCUCUCAACUCCUCUGACCCCACCACUGAGAGGUGGUACCACGGCCACCUGUCUGGUCCAGGUGCCGAGAAGAUGCUCAUUGCUCGGGAUGAGUCUGGAACAUUCCUGGUCAGAGAGUCGCUGUCCAAGCCGGGAGAUUUCGUUCUCUCAUGUCUGACGGACGAGCGCAGCAAAACAGGAGCGAGGAGAGUGUCCCACAUCAAGAUCAUGUGCCAGAAUGAGAGAUACACAGUAGGAGGCUCAGACUUGUUUGACACUCUAAGCGACUUGGUGGAGUUCUACAAACGCAGUGGCAUCCAGGAGGUCUCCGGCAACUGGGUACUUCUCAAACAACCGUAUUACUCCACCAGGUUGAACGCAGCCGACAUCGACAGCAGAGUGAAGCAACUGGACCAGACCACACAACUGCAGCAGGAAGCCGAGGGCGGGAAAAGCAAGGCGGGCUUUUGGGAGGAGUUUGAUGCUCUUCAAAAGUUUGAGGCAAAAGUGAAAAAGAGUCGGGAGGAAGGCCAGAGACCAGAAAACAAGUCUAAAAACCGAUACAAGAACAUUCUGCCUUUCAAUGACACCAGAGUGACCCUGCAGGAUGCUGACCCCAACGUUGUGGGUUCAGAUUACAUCAACGCCAAUUUUGUGCGGAAUACCUUGUGGGAUUCGGAGAAUCCUAAAGUUUACAUCGCCACUCAGGGUUGCCUGGCGACAACCGUCAACGACUUCUGGCAGAUGGUCUGGCAGGAGAACACCAGGGUCAUCGUCAUGACGACCAGGGAGGUUGAGAAAGGGCGGAAUAAAUGUGUGCCGUACUGGCCCGACAUCGAGACCUCCAAGGUGGUGGGCUGCUAUGUGGUGACCUUCAAGUCGGAAAGGGACGCAGUAGAUUACAAAGUCCGAGUCCUGGAGGUGGCGCCUGUGAACAAGCCCAAACAUUCCCGCACCGUGUGGCACUACCAGUACCUGAGCUGGCCUGACCAUGGCGUCCCACAGGAGCCAGGUGCCAUCCUUAGCUUCCUCACCCAAGUCAACGCCAAACAGGAGGAAUGUCAUGAUGCUGGUCCUAUGGUCGUCCACUGCAGUGCUGGGAUCGGUCGGACGGGCACAAUUGUGGUGAUCGACAUGAUCAUUGGGACCAUUAACACGAUAGGUCUAAACUGUGACAUCGACAUCUCCAAGUACAUCCAGAUGGUGCGAGAGCAGCGCUCCGGCAUGGUGCAGACCGAGGCCCAGUACAGGUUCAUCUACCUGGCCGUGUCCGAGUACAUCCAGACCACCAAAGCUAAAGACAGCGCCUCCAUGGAAGCGGAGACAGAGUAUGGAAAUCUACAACUCAAACUGAUGAGCAGAAACGUCACAAAAAACCAGGAGGAAGUGUACGAGAACUUGAGCAAAGCAAAGAAAGACAAGAAAAAGCUAAAGUCAGACAAGAAAAGUGGAUCGUUAAAGAAAAAAUAACAAUUUAAUGGCAAAAGUAUGUUAUUUGGUAUUUAUGUUGGUCCAUUUUGUAUUUUUUUUUACUAGAGGAGACCUUCAAUAAAACAGCUGGUGUAAGCCAACACAUACAGCGGACUAAUAGUCGUGAAUGUAUGCUAAUUUGAAAAAGUAGUGGGAUGAUAGGAAUUAAUAAGUGUUGCUCAACAGAUCUACAGUACUUUAGGGGAUGUAAAGAUUUUCUUUUUUUUAAACCGCUUUGCUCCUGAAAUGAAAAUAAAAAUGAACAUUUGCAUUUUAAAUAAAA